AUGAAGCUGUACUACAUUGGCAUCAUCAAAAACACGGAGAAGCCCGCCGUGCAACUCUGCAGCGCCUACGACCUGAGCGAAUUCUCGCGCUGGACCAAAAAUGACUAUCAAAACUUCAUGACCAUGUUCAGCAAGACCGUGGCCGAGAGGACGAACCCCGGCCAGAGGCUCGACGUCGAAGAGCAGGGCCACACGUUCCACUGCUACGCCCGCUCAGAAGGCAUCGCCGGCGUCAUCAUCUCAAAGGACUACCCCAAGCUUGCCGCCCACCAGAUCCUCUCCAAGGUGGUCGACGAGUUCCUGGCCGACAAGUCUGCCGCCGAGAUUGCUCGCGCCUCGCGGGACAAUGAGCUCUCUUUCCCCGCGCUGGAGAGGUAUCUCCAGACUUAUCAGAACCCCUCCGAGGUGAAUAGCAUUGCGAAUAUUCAGAAGGAGUUGGAUGAGACCAAGAUUAUCCUCCACAAGACCAUCGAGAGUGUCCUACAACGAGGAGAGAAGCUCGAUGACCUCGUGGCCAAGAGCUCCGAUCUUAGUACCCAGAGCAAGAUGUUUUACACCACCGCCAAGAAGCAAAACUCUUGCUGCACCCUCAUGUAA